AUGCAAUUCAAGCUCACAGCCAUCCUCCUGGCCAGCAUGGCCUCGGCCAAGCUCAGCACUUCUCUUUCUCCUUCUCCCUCCUCCUCAAUCGCCGUCUCAUCGACUGCGAGCCCAUCGUCCUCUGCUACGCCCUCAAUCAACCCCGACGACUACGACUGUGUCUACCGCGGCUUGGGUUGCGACUGGAAGAAGACCGAGUACGGAUACGGUGACGACUACUGUGGAUCUACCUCUUUCAAGGCCGGUCAGAAGUUGUCCGACGGUAGCCUGAUCUUGGCUGUCUCCAAGGACGGAUCCGGGGACUGUGCUUCUCAGGCCAGUGCCAAGUGCUGCCAGGUCCUAGCUGAUGCUCCCUGCAAGCGUGGCGAGAAGUAUCUUGAAUGCUCGAAGCCUUAA